GUUCAAGCCUGCGCCCUGACUCGCGUCUGAACGCCACCAGUAUGGGAAAUAUUGUAAGCAGAACCAGGUCGUUGACGUUCGCUUCUUUGAAGUCUUCGUCUGAUUCCGUGGGAUAUCCUUCGACUUCAAUAAAUUCGACCAUAUUGUUGAAAACUUUUUCCUUAGCUUGCUGGAGUUGGUCGUCCUGGAGACCUUUGAUAUCGGACUUGACCUGCGCUAACAUCUGGCUGACGGAUAUGGAAGUCCUUUCGAAUCCCCUGAAGGUAAACCCGAGUCUCUUCUCGGCAUCCAGCAUACUAACCCUCGAAUAUGCGGUCCGGUACCUGAGGUUGGUGGUUCGUUUCUUCUCGUUCUGUUGAAUGUUGUUAGAACAGUUUGCGGUGUCCCCCCCCGUAGGCGCCCCCGAACAUGCAGUUUUAUGGUUGGGAUUAGUUGACUCCUU